UCGGCAGAGGAGCGCACAAGAGUGGAGCUUUAGAAGAUGGAAUGGUUGCGUGAAUAGUUCUGAGGAUAUCCGUAUUCUAUUUCUUCCCAGAGUUUCCGAUCGCCUGCGAAUUCCACGUGGAGUAGAGUGCGAGAAACGUAUGGUUUUCCGAAGAUUGUCCAGCUAGCGUCGUAGGUUAAUUAGACCCGUGGGUAGAUUGGAAUUACGUAGAGUCUCUGAAAUGAGUCGACCAGCUGUGUUGAGUCGCUUCAAGUCCGUCCCAACCGACGAUGAGUACGACGAGGGCACCAACCUCAAGAGCCCCGUGGAAGGCGAGGGGAAGAUCCAGAAAAUGGCGCAGGAACUGGAGAAGGAGGGCCUCAAGAGACAGGUGGGGCUGUUCAGCGCCGUAUUCCUCGUUGUCGGAACCAUGAUAGGUUCCGGCAUCUUCAUCUCCCCUAAGGGAGUCCUCCUCCGUUCUGGCUCGGUGGGGAUGAGCCUCAUCGUGUGGGUCGGAUGCGGCGUCGUCGCUUACCUAGGGGCCUUAUGCUACGCUGAAUUGGGCACAGCGAUUCCGGUGUCGGGGGCCGAGUACUCCUACUACCUGCGCGUCUACGGCCGGCAGGGUCGCUUCGGCCCCAUCCCGGCCUUCCUGUACCUGUGGAUGUGCUCCCUGAUCAUCAAGCCCUCGGCUGUCUCCAUCAUGCUGCUCACAUUCUCGGAGUACAUCGUCGAACCGCUUUUCCCGACCUGCCCCAGUCCAGCCCUGGCCAAGAAGCUCGUCGCCAUUGUUGCCAUUCUAUUCAUCACAUUUAUUAAUUGCUACAGCGUGAAGAUGGCCACAAAGAUGAACAAUUUCUUCACCUAUGCAAAGCUUCUGGCCAUUGGAAUUGUCUGCGCCGUGGGACUCUACAGAUUAUGUUUAGGAUAUCACGAGCAUUUGGGCUCCGGAUUUCAAGGUACGACUACGUCUUUCUCUGAUUUGGCGACUGCAUUUUAUUAUGGCCUCUGGGCGUAUGACGGAUGGAAUAACUUGAAUUUCGUCACUGAAGAGCUUAUUGAUCCUGCCGUGAACCUGCCCCGAUCCAUCUCCAUUGGUAUUCCCAUGGUGACGUUGUGUUACGCGGCGACAAAUAUCGCCUACCUCACGGUUCUCUCGCCAUCUGAGCUCCUUGCAUCUGAAGCUGUAGCUGUGGGAUUUGCGAACCGAAUGCUUGGACCAGUGGCCUUUCUCAUUCCCAUACUGGUGGCCGCAUCCGCUUAUGGAGCUUCGAAUGGAACAUGCCUCAUUGCAUCCAGGCUACCUUUCGUGGCUGCUCGAGAAGGUCAUUCCGCAGAAGUGAUGUCGUACGUCCAAGUGAACAGAAGGACACCAGCCCCUGCUCUCAUAUUUAAUGGUAUUGUGGUGCUUCUGAUGAUAUCUGCUGGCAACAUAGGCAGCCUGAUCGAUUUCUUCAGCUUCGUCGCCUGGAUGUUCUAUGGCGGAAGCAUGCUGACAGUCAUCGUCAUGAGGUUCACGGAGAAAGACCUUCCCAGGCCUUACAAAGUGCCCAUUCCAAUCCCUUGCGUGAUGGUAGUCGUCUCCGCCUACCUGGUGCUAGCUCCCAUAAUCGAGGAUCCUCGGGUGGAGUACUUCUACGCGUUGCUUUUCCUGCUGUCCGGGCUGCUCUUCUACCUGCCUUUCGUUCACUUUAACAUCAGGCUCAAGUUGAUGGAAAAGUUUACCCAUCUGAUGCAGCUUAUGCUCAACUGUGCUCCAUCAGAAAGUGCUUCAAGUUAACGGAAAUUGUGACCUAAAUUUGACUGAAAUAUCUGUAAAACAUGAAAUACGGAAUAUGAAUUACAUUUUCGGUGUUGAACGGAAAACUUUUUCUUCCGGUGCAUUUCUUAUCCUUCAUAACGUAUACGAUAGUGAAAAUGAGAUUAAAUUUACAUAUUGAUAAGCUUGAAACAAUCUCAAAAAAAAAAAAAAAAAAUUUAUUCCAACCAUGUGCU